GAGGCCGCCUUCGUUUCAUCUUUCCCAGCAAGCCUCGCGAGAGCGCCGGUUAUUGAUUGGCUGCGGCGGGAGCAGGCGGCUCUGCCCGGCAGCGGUUACCCGAGGUUUCCGUUGCGAGGCCAGAGCGGGCGAAGCCGUCGGGCCGUCGGCGGUGAGGAUCUGCUACCUAACCUAGCAUUGCAAACCGCAAUGAAGAACCAAGACAAAAAGAAUGGGGCUGCCAAGCAAUCUGGCAACGCUUCCAACCCAAAAAGCAACCCAGGGCAACCGGAAGCAGGACCGGAGGGAGCCCAGGGGAGGCCCAGCCAGGCGGCUCCUGCGACAGAAGCUGAAGGUUCCACAAGGCAGGCUCCGGGGAAGACUGAGGGAGCACAAGCCAAAACUGCUCAGUCUGGGGCCCUCCGUGAUGUCUCUGAGGAGCUGAGCCGCCAGUUGGAAGACAUCCUGAGUACAUACUGUGUGGACAACAGUCAGGGGGGCCCAGGUGAGGACGGGGCACAAGGUGAGCCUGCUGAACCUGAAGAUGCAGACAAGUCCCGUACCUAUGCUUCGAGGAAUGGAGAGCCUGAGCCGGAGACCCCAGUAGUCAAUGGUGAGAAGGAGACCUCCAAGGGGGAGCCAGGCACAGACGAGAUCCGGGCAAGUGACGAGGUUGGAGACCGAGAUCACCGAAGGCCACAGGAGAAGAAGAAAGCCAAGGGUCUGGGGAAGGAGAUCACGCUGCUGAUGCAGACACUGAACACGCUGAGCACCCCGGAGGAGAAGCUGGCAGCUCUGUGCAAGAAGUAUGCUGAACUGCUGGAGGAGCACCGGAACUCGCAGAAGCAGGUGAAGCUCCUGCAGAAGAAGCAGAGCCAGCUGGUCCAGGAGAAGGACCACCUGCGCGGCGAGCACAGCAAGGCCGUCCUGGCCCGCAGCAAGCUGGAGAGCCUGUGCCGCGAGCUGCAGCGCCACAACCGCGCUCUCAAGGAAGAAGGCGUGCAGCGGGCCCGCGAGGAGGAGGAGAAACGCAAGGAGGUGACCUCGCACUUCCAGGUGACGCUGAAUGACAUUCAGCUGCAGAUGGAACAGCACAAUGAGCGUAAUUCCAAGCUGCGCCAGGAGAACAUGGAGCUGGCUGAGAGGCUCAAGAAGCUGAUUGAGCAGUAUGAGCUGCGAGAGGAGCAUAUCGACAAAGUCUUCAAACACAAGGACCUGCAGCAGCAGCUGGUGGAUGCCAAGCUCCAGCAGGCCCAGGAGAUGCUGAAAGAGGCAGAGGAGAGGCACCAGCGGGAGAAGGAUUUUCUCCUCAAAGAGGCAGUGGAGUCCCAGAGGAUGUGCGAGCUGAUGAAGCAGCAGGAGACCCACCUGAAACAGCAGCUUGCCCUCUACACAGAGAAGUUUGAGGAGUUCCAGAACACUCUUUCCAAAAGCAGUGAGGUGUUCACUACAUUCAAGCAGGAGAUGGAAAAGAUGACUAAGAAGAUCAAGAAGCUGGAAAAAGAAACCACCAUGUACCGGUCCCGGUGGGAGAGCAGCAACAAGGCCCUGCUUGAGAUGGCUGAGGAGAAAACACUCCGGGACAAAGAGCUGGAGGGCCUGCAGGUGAAAAUCCAGCGGCUGGAGAAGCUGUGCCGGGCGCUGCAGACAGAGCGCAAUGACCUGAACAAGAGGGUACAGGACCUGAGUGCUGGUGGCCCAGGCCCCCUCACUGAUGGCGACCCUGAGCGAAGGCCAGAGGCUGCCACUGCCUCCAAGGAGCAGCGUGGCGAGGGGCCUGGGGCCCAAGCACCCAGCUCCCCAAGGGCCACAGAAGCUCCUUGCUGCCCUGGAGCACCAAGCACAGAAGUAUCAGGCCACACAGGGCCCCAGGAGCCCACCUCUGCCACUGCCUAGGGAGCCUGGCGCUGGGGGCAUGCUGGGAAGGGAGCAAGCAGCCCAGCCAGGCCUGACCCAUGCAAGCCUCCCACCGCCAAGCAGUCCAGUGCUUAGGCCCAGGUGCUCUGACCUGGCUGGCAUCUGACACUUCGCAGUUUUGGAUUUUGUGGGUCAGUUUUACAUACAUAUGGCAUAUGUGCAAAGGCUCAUACAUUUAUAUCUCUGAGUGUAAAAUGGGCUUGCACUGGAGGUGGAGGUGUGUAUGGAUGAAGUCUGUGGCUCUUCUGUGAGCUGAAGAGUUUUAAAGAGGAGCUGUCAUCUGUAGCUGCUGUCGCAGUGAGCUGGCAGGACAAGUGACUUGAGCAUUUCCCUGCCUGAUUUGAGGCUCAGACCCCUCCCGCCCUGCCUUUCAGGACUCAUGACAAGUGACACCCCCAGGCCUCAACUGUGUUUCUCUUGUUUGGGGGACUGGGGCAGCGCUGUCUCUCCUCGCUCCCCUGGAAGCUCCUUUGCUGCUUUCGGCCUGGCGAAGGGGUCCCCAGGUGAAGCAUCAGCGGGGCGCUCGGAGCUGGUGGUUGAGCUGCUGUCCUGCCUAGGACAAGGGCCAUGGAGAAUGUUUCCAUGUGGGAUGGUGUGCUGGUAGGGAGCCCCUCGGGCACCGCUUCCCCUGCCCUCUGGUGAUGCCAGGACCAGGCCAGUGACGCUUCUCAGUAGCCUUAUCAUUCACAGGUGCCUCUCUAGCCUGCACAAAUGAUUGACAAGAGAUCACCCAAAGGAUUCUUUCUGAAGGUUGUUUUUUUUUGCACAUGACAGUGUUUGUGUUGAGGGUCUUCUGAGGAAGGAUUGGGGUGCUGUAGCAGUGGUGCCUGUUUCCUCUGCCCCACUACCCCACCUGGCACCUUUGCCAUGUUGGUGCUGAGGUUUCCUGUUUGAUAAAAUCAGAUUGUUUGUAGUAAGAGAAAGGAACAGGCUUCUGAUGGCUUUGCCACAAGCUUGCCUAUGGAUUCCAACCCUGGGAGGCCACCGCUGAUUCCCCUCACCACUGUCUCCAUGUGGCAGUUCCUGGGCCCCACACCCAACUGCCCCCUUGGCGUUAUGAGUCUGUUUCUGCUUCCGGCCCCCACCCUUCCCACCCCCAAUGUGCAAUGCUUGAGAUUUGCCUGGAUCCGUUGACCCGGAACCGCGGUAUGUCCUCCGUGACAUCCCCCUUCUUCCUGUGUGGGAGCCCCCACCUCUCCCCUGACAGCUAAGGGAUAAGAAUGAGAUUCAACAAUUGACUGAGCCCCAGAAAUCCACAAGGUGGCUGCAGAUAUUUGUGUCUCUUCGCCAACAACCUACUCCCACCCCACCUCUGCCCUCCCCUUAUACGUGCUACUCUCUACUCGGGAAGUUCUAGUUGCAAACUUGCCAGGGGAUUAGCUAGUCUUCUUAGAGAGCAACUUUUGAGUCUUGGGUCAGGAAGUAGGGCUCUGUUGAGCUUGGGGUACUGUGCCCCAUCUGCAGCCGGGCCUCAGCUUCAUUGCCACUGAGGGGGCCACAGCCCAAGAUGAUGAUGGUUGAGUUUUUGCUUCUUGCUGUAUUUCCUUGAAGUUGGUUCAUUCUCCUACAGUCCUUUCAUCUUCCACAACUGGCCUGCUCUUUCAGCCCGUAACCUAGUCCCUCAGGUAAAUAGGUUCAUGAAGAGUGUUAAGUACUCCUGAAUCAUGUUAUGACUUAGACCACAGAUGGCAAAUGGCACACCGUCAGCUCUCUGCCCUCACCGUAGUGCACUAACCUGCUUCAGAGCGUUUCCUGCUAAUCCUGGUAUGUCCUUGUUUCUCAAGAUGCCCCCAGCAGCUGGUGGAAGUGUUGAGGCCCGUUUGCCAUCCCUGGCUGAGAUACUGCUCUCCCGUGGAGAAGUGUUUCCUAAGGUCUUGUCUUCCCUCCUGAAAUGCCUGUGUCUGGAAUAGGCCCUGACCGUGCCUCUUCAGGCUCCAGCAAGGCCUUCUCCCUCCCCCAGCCCCGGUGCCCAGCUGAGGUACAGAAGAGCUGCCAACCCUAAACGGGGUUUGCUGGGCUAUGGAAACACAGGGAAGAGGCAGAAGCUUCUGUCUGCCCCCUUUAAAGAGAGUGGGAAGGCCUGCAGUGGCCCCAGUUGCCUGCCUCGCUUCAGCUACCUCUUAAAGCCCAUGGAGUGGGGGUGGGGAGCUACUGGAGCCCAGUGUGGUGGUGAAGUCACAGCUGCACAGCCCAGCAGCCCUCUGAGGCCGAGUCUAGCUACUGUGUUGCUACACUGAGCAAGGUGGCCCCAGCUGGGCUUCCCAGGUCAGAAAUACUGGCCCUAGGCUCCAGCCAUCUCUAGGCAUCCGGGCUGGGCUGUAGAUGGGGAUCCUAUUCUUCCUCUUCCUCUCCAUUGACCAAAUCUUACCAGUCACUACAGCUGGUCUGCUUGUUCUGCUUUCCAAAGUCAGCCCAGGUACCUGGGUGCUGCCCACACCAGCCAGGAGCCUGGGCCAGGUGCAGAGGAGGCGGCCUGUCUGAAUGAAGGCCAGUGCCUUCCUUACUGGGGUGGGUCCCAUGCACAUGACCUCAGUUUUAGGACCAAGAGCUGUGUUGGUUUCUUAGAUUGCUAGCUUUCCUCCAGCGGACCACAACAGGUGAGGCUCACAGCCCAGAGCCCUUGGCUCUGCUGACAGUAAUCUGUGUUCAGGACCUUGUCCAGCUCAGAGCCUUGUGUACACCAGAUUCUGAGAGGUGUCAGCAGCACUUUCUGUUUUGGUUUGUUUUCCAUGAGGUUUUUGGACCAUGGGCUGAGCUCAGGCACUUUUUCUAAGAGAAUGUUUUGUCUGCAAAGAUGGUUAUUUACCCUCCUCCACUGACAUCUUGGUGGCUCUGCUGAGAGCUGACCAAGAGGCCAGUGGAGCCGCCCUGGUGUCUAGGGGGGAGGGCCAUGGCCUGCUGAGCUGAUCCUCCAACUGCUGCUCCAGCCGUCUCACCUUGCACAGAACACAGGUGGUCACCCCAGGGACAGCCAGGCACCUGCCUGGGGGAGGGGUGCUGCCUUCUUUUCCUGUAACUGCUUCCCUGAUGGCCCCACCUGGUCACCCAGAUCUGUUUGAAGCUGUGCUGACAGCUUUUUUGUCUCCUUUUGGUAAUCACAACAGCCAGGGACUUGAUUCUGAUGUAUUUUAAACCACAUUAAAGAGUCUAUUGCCUUA